UCCGUGUUUACUCAGAAAUAAGCCCCACGAUGUCCAAUGGGGACUUGCUUUCAGGCUGAGCUCCUUUGUGUAGUUAACAUGGCAUCAGAUCUUCAUCAAAAAAAUUCUUUCAAGGAUGUAAAAAUUCAGUGUGAGAAGAUGUGUGUGGUGCUGCUCAGUCCUGUGGGAAGAAUUGAGAUAUUGGGAUGUGAAAUAGGAGUUCAUCAAAUACUCCUUCAAGAACAUGCUGCCCCACAGAAUAGCACUGUGAAGGCCUUGGUGUCUUGUGAAGUAUGUGAAACCCCAGAGGAAAUUCCGGAACCACUAAAACAGUGUGCAGCUUGGCUUCAGGCCUAUUUCUGUGAGCCCUGGAUGACAGAGAAGCUUCCAAUGCCUUCUUUCCACCACCCACUUCUAGAGCAAGCUUCAUUCACUAGAGAAGUGUUGUGGACCCUGCUGAAAGAUGUGAAAUUUGGAGAGACAGUUUCUUACAAGCAAUUAGCAGACAUGGCAGGCAACAGCAAAGCAGCCAGAGCAGUGGGCGGAGCAAUGAGAAGCAAUCCUAUCCCGAUUAUAAUACCAUGCCACAGAGUGAUUUGCAGCAGUGGACAGACUGGCAAGUACACAGGAGGAAGUCAUCUGAAAGAGUGGCUUUUGUCACAUGAGAAGCUUCUGAAGGAAAAGUUAGCAUAUUGAUGCAGUUCAGGCAUAGCUGUUAUACAGCCAAAAUGCAUAUUUGGCUUAUAACAAGCUUUCAGAACACACAGUAGAAUUCAGGAAAAUGGUAAAUAUUUGAGUGACAUAUAAAUAUAAUACAACAUUCAAAGCAAAAUAUGUGGUGGCACUACUAUAUUAAAAAAGCUGAAUGUGUCCUAGGGGAUACAGCUUGUAUGCCCUUUCUUGUUUUUACAUUUUACAGCAGAAUGAGUACAGCGGCCUGUUCCUGUUGUGCAUGUAUUUUGUUCCCAUCUCCAGUGCUGUUUUGUUCUAUUUUUAAUGUCCAUUAAAGCAAGGAUAAGGGAGUGGGAGGGGCAUGGCAAAUGUUAGAUGCAACUGCCCCUCUAAGGAAGCAUCUGGCUCACAGAGGGGACAGCCGGGAAUCCGCAGCCUUUGCAUGUAUUCGGAGAGCAAAAUUAAAUGCAUAAGCUUUAACACACACCUCCCCCUGUUCCUGCCUGGAUUUGUAUUUGUCCAGAUUGAAAAGCUUGUACCUCUGCCAGGCUUGGUGCCCAAGAUUCUCCUGUUUUCUUUGAUGUUUGAACUGCUGAAAUGAUGUUUUACGUAAACAGUUGUUAAUGAAACACACUGAAAAUCCAUUCAAAAGGAAACAGCUAUUGAAUUGCCUAUUCACAGCAUUUCUUUUCAGAUCACUGUAGAUGGCUUAGAAGAUACGAAUAGAAAUAUUUUGUCUCUAUUACCAUUGCUCAAUGUAGGCAGAAAAAUAGAUGCUGAUAGUUUAAUGUCAAACAAAUAUUUUUAUAAAAUUAUGUAUCUGAGUUACAAAUACAUUUUGUCAGAAUUUUAGAAGUCUCGUUCUUUCAAUUUUUAAACAUUCUGAUCAAUAGUGCUUAUGGAGUUUGAUUUUCAUUUGCUUUAUUUAGUUUUCACAUUGACACAGUUGUUAUACAAUGUUCUGGAUUAUAAGAAGAAAAGGCAAUGUAUUAUGUUAAAUGGAUAACACUAUCCAGAAGAAAUAUUGUCAGUGAAAGAAUGUUGAAGCUAAAAUUUCUGAUUAUUUAAAAGAACUCACAGAAAGCAAAAUAUUACAAACUGCUACAAACUGAUUUUUUUUCAGUAGAAAAAUCAUAAAUUGAAACAUGGAAAUACUGUUUUUUUAUAUUUUUAUCCCAUUAUUGUAUAUGUUGCUUUAUAAUGCUCACUGCUUACAAAAAUGAUUCUUAUGUUGUUCCAUUAAUAUAUUCUAUGUUUUUCUGAUAUUAGAGUUACUUUAUUAAAACUUGUUAUGCAUGUGCAUGAGGUCUGUAUAAAUAAAUAAAAUACAGUAUCUAAUAUACCAGGAAA